GAGUGUUUGCUACGGAGCUGCACAAGGGGAGGACCUGAGCAUCUCCCUGGGUCAAAGCAACUCGCAGCUGGGGCAGAGCGGGUUUCGGUUCCCCCUUGAGCCCCUGGUUGCUGCCGUGGCAGGAACAGCCCUGUUGGGAUCGGGGUGCUCGGCCCCCGUCGUAGCCGGCGGUGGCGGAGACGGCGCGGUUUCACUUCCCUGCCGCAGGCGGGGAGGGCGAGACGAGCGCCGGGGCGGGGGGCAGGCAUCCUGCCGAGCUCGGGGUGCUGGGUACCACCAGCCCCACCGCCAUGGCCUGGGCUGGGGAAGGCGCCGGACAGCUCGCAGCCAUCCUGGAGUCAGAAAGCAGCGAGGAGGAGGAGGAGGAUGAAGAGGCAGCUAUGGUACAGCAGCAUCAGCCCCUUGGCCAGGAGGUGGGCGAAGCGGAGGAGCGCCUGGCUGAGCUCGAGCAAGCGUCGCAGGCGCUGCUGGCCGAGCUCGCGGCGCUGGAGACCGAGUUUGAGAUCGAGAGGACGUGCCGGCAGCGAGCCGAAUCCUACGCAGCCCAGGUGAAGCAGGAGAACAAGCAACUGAAGCGGCUCAGCCUGGCCCCAACGGCCCCCCCAGCCCUGCCCGAGGAGGUGCCCCCCAAGGAGGACCCCGACCCUGCCCAGCACUAUGGGCGGCAGCUUGAGGAUCUGCAGGAGAAGAUCUCCUGGCUGCUGGCGCAGCGGAAGGACCUCACCAUCCAGGUCCAGGAGCUGCAGAGGCAGAACCAGGACCUGCAGAACCAGCUGGAGAUGGGGCAGGGGGAGCGGCAGCGCCUGCGGGCAGCCCUGGGCACCAGCCAGCGGGCACUGAAGUCCUUCAAGAAAGUGUCCCAGAUCGUCACCCAGGAUUACUGCGAGGCGGUGCAGCAGCUGGAGCUGGAGCAGGACCUGCGCCUGCAAGCCGAAGUCUUCGCCCAUGAGAUGCUGGUGCAAAAGAAGGAGGCGAACAGGCAGAGUAUGAUCCUGCUGCAGAGCUCGGAGCCCAGCGCCCAGCUGCUGGCAGCCCUGCAGGAGGUGGGACGCCUGACCCGGGCGCUGGAGGAGGCCAGGCAGGAGCAGCAGCAGCGGGUGAAGGAGCUGGAGGAGCAGCUGGGGAGGCGGCCGGAGCCGGAGGAGCUGGAUCUGGCCCGAGCUGCUCUGGCCGUGGCAGAAGAUGAGAAGCUGCAGCUGAGAAAGCGGCUGCAGGAGGCUGAGAAGCGGCUGGCAGGGCUGGAGGAGGAAGUGGGCUCGCUGCAGGAGAAGCUGGGCCAGGACCCACCGCCACAGAGCCGGACCCCCGAGCCGGCUGCACCCGUGCCACCACCACCGCCACCGCCACCGCCUGCGCCCACUGCCCCCGUGGACCCGCUCUCGGUGAUCAGGCAGAGGAAGGGGCUGGCAAAUCUGCAGCGCAGCAAGCCAGAAGCUGAUGAUGCUAAAGCUCGAGCCGUGCAGGAGAUGAUGGAGCGGAUAAAGCACGGGGUGGUCCUGAGGCCUGCCAAGGAGCGGGACCCCCUGGGGCAGGGUCCGGCGGAGGCAGCCGGCAAGCGGAGGAGCGCGGUGCUGGAGCUGCAGGGCAUCCUGGGUGCCAUGAGGAGGGCGAGCAGGAGGCCCAGCGGGCGGCAAAGCAGCCUGAAGGGCAAGGACAGGCAGCUGGAGUCCAUCCUGCAGCGGCGACGCCGGGCGGUGGAUGCCUCCGCACCCUCGCUGCCCGCCCCGUCGCCCACCCCCAGCUCCCCGCAGCGGGACCAUGAGGAUGCUGAGGCUGCGGGGAGGCCAGAUCCUGGCGUAGACAACUUGAACUAAAAUAUUUAAGGCAAGGAGCUUAUCUUUCUAAUUACCAAGCGUUUCUCGUCCUGGCCUUUCGAUUCUCCAGACACCUGAGGGCUGCCAUGUGGAAAGCAGACAAGGAAAGGCUGCUCGCGAGACGUAAGAGCUCAACAGACUGAAGGAUGAAUGUCAGCUUGUUGAACAGAUCCUCUUACUGGAAAAGAAGGCAAGAGCCGCAGGGACCACAGCCCUGGGACCGACUUGACCAGUUCGGAAAGCCUAGGGAGGCUGGAGCCAGGCUGCCCCCCACUCCUCCUGCCCUGGCCAAAGCUGAAUUUCUCCAAAUCCAGCUUUCCAGAUGAUUCCCAUCACAAGGGACCCAGCACCACCUGACUCUCACGUUUCGAUCCCCACCGAAUUCACCCUCCCUCGCUUGGCGCUGUCGGGGGAAAAUGCCACGGCCCGAGCGCGGUUACUCAUCGGCAGCCUGCCCUUUCCCACCGCCGCGCUGCCUGCGGUCUGCCCGCUCCGUAUCGAGUGAAUUCCUCUCCCCUGAUUACACCCUCCAAACACCCAUGAAAAUCAAUGCCGGCUCCGCUCCCGCGGGACGGGAAAGCCGUGCCCUGCCGGCUGCACCAUCCCCAAGCCGCCGGAGCCACCGCAGCCAGGGGAGAGCUGCCGAGCAGGCAGAGAUGCUUCGGAGGGCAGCUGUGUAUUAAUAUACAUGACUCUUAAAUACUUAAUCAAAGUGGUAAUUCACACUUCUUUUUAAGCUGGAGCUUCUUGCAAACCCUCUGUGGGUGGACUCCAGAACAUCCUUGCCUCGGACCUGUGAAUAACCAGGGAUUUUAUAUCUUAUUCAUCAGAUUUCCCAGGGUCCCCACAUUUCAGGGCAAGGAAUAGGGCGUUUUGACCCAAGCAAGAGGGUGCAUUUUCAGGAGCCAGCCCCAAAGCUCUCUGCUUACGGCAGGAGACGAGAGCCUGGCCGGGGAGCCGAGCGUGGUCCUCACAGCCUUACCUUCUCCCCACAUAGCUGUAGCCUUCGGGCGGGCUUUUUCUGAUGCUCGUCUUUUAAAUAUUCAUAGGGUUUUGCUCGCUAUCAUUCAGUUACACGACUUAUCUGAAUCUGGUUCAGCUCAGAGAAAUGUGUGUCAUUAACGUCUUAAACACCCGAUGAUCGCAAGCAGUACUCAGGAAAAAUGGACUUGUCAUCUGGAAAAAUACAAAGUAAUCUACCCUCGCUUUCUGGCUAAGUGAAUGGGAAAAUGAGGAUUAAAAAGACUCAGUAGAAGGGACAUUAAAGCUACUGAUCUCCCCCGUUUACAUUCUAGCCACUGGUUCAGCGGCAGGAGUCCUGGGGCUCUGCUUUUACUGCUGUACCCCGCAGAAAGAGCCCUCCAUCGUGCCCUGCUCUCCCUGUCAUGGCAGUGACAGCUCUCAAGUUUUCCAUCCCUCCAGCAUCACAUUCAGAGAGAUAAAACUAAAUUUAAAACCCGACCCGAGGCUGGCGAGAGGCACGGCGCUUGCCCUGCCAUCCUCAGCCAUGCCCCAUAAGUCACGCAGCCUCAGCCCGGGGCGGGGGGAACGACUUCGCCUCGGCUGCCGCCCCCAGCCAGCAGAUCUCGCCUGCCCUGGCCCAUCUGGCUGCACCCAAGGCGAUGGAAACUGUUAACCACAGUUUGGAGCGGAGCUGUGAACACACAUCCAGGAGCUUCCCAGCAGCCUGCUGCCCCCCCCUCCAGGUGCCACCCCCUGCGCUGCCGGCGCUCCCUCCUCCAUGGCUGGAAAUCUUAUUUUUCAACCUAAAUUUUGUCAAGCUUAAACCAGUCCAUCAGGGAGGGGAGUAAAAGCGUCCGCCUUGUCCUGCUGCAGGGGCAGGGGACAGAGCAUGGGCCCAGCGUCCCCCACCCUGUGGCCUUGAAGCAAAAUUACAGCACAUCACCCGAGCUGGGGAGCAGCUUUUCCA